UGUCUUUUUAUAAGUUUGUAAGAACCAAGCUAUACCAGCAGAUCUCGCAGGAAAAUUUUAUUUCGGACCUAAUUUUGGAAGUUAAGUUCAUCACCUGACAUCAUGGCCUCAGGUAUCAAAUUGGACGAGAGCUGUAAGAAUAUGUUCUCUUUGGUCAAAGACAAGCACGAACAUGCAUGGGCCAUCAUGAAGAUUGAAAAUAACAAAGAAGUUGUUCUUAAGGAACAACAUGGCAAACUUCGUUCCAGAACUGAUUUAGUGGAAAAUGAGGAAGUCUUUGACGACAUGAAGAAAAAGGUUGAAGAGCUGCAAGGACCCUGUUACAUCCUCUUUGACUUUGCCUACAAACAGAACAGUGGUACUGUCAAAGACAAACCAAUUUUCAUCUAUUGGUGCGAUGAUGACUGCGUCGGAGUCAAGGAAAAGAUGACAUAUGCCGCCACCAAUUCUGAAUUGAAGAAGCAGUGCAAUGGAUUUGAGACAUUUGAAUUCCAUGAUAAAGCGGACUUCUGUUUCCAGAAGAUUUCUGAGGAUUUGAAAGCAAAGGACAGGCAAUAACUUGCUGCUGUCACAAUGAGAACAGCUUCUUUCCUCACACCACUUUGUGAUCUGUUUUGAUGAAUCGUUACAAAUAAUAAGCGCUUAAGCUGACGGUAGAACUACUUAGAAGAUAUGUUAGUUGAAAUAAAAUGUUAUGAUUGUAGUUGCUGCAUGUAUAAUCUAGUUUUUCUUACCCUGCAAUGUAUUUACCGAACAAAAAGUCAAUAAAUGACAAAUUUCACUGAUUUAAGAAUGUUCUUGUUAUUAGUAGUUGAUAUUUACAACGUUAAGUAUAAUUAUGUCAUGACUCCUAAGGGAGUUCUGUCACAGAAAGUGUACCUGAAUCAAAAGUUUCUCAUUAGCUAUAUUAUGAGAACACUGAUUUAAAACAUUUAACUUAUCCCCAUAAUUUCCAUACACUAUCCAGCAAAAGGCAAUGAGAG